AUGGCAACAACUGGCAACGAUGCGGCCGGGUCCGCCGCCGUCCACACGGGGUUUUGGAUCGACCGCAGCCGGGGCCCAGUCUACCGGGCGACCCUCACCAUCAUCGAUAGCCACGCGACCGUGCUGCUGGCCUUCCUUGCUGUCCUCGUCACUUUCACCGGCACGCGCAGCUGGAAGUUCUGGCGCUUCAUCCUGCAUUUUACGCUGCAAACCCCCAAAAUCGAUCCCUGGGAGACACCUUUCCACCGUCUUCGGGACCUCGUCCUCCUGCGAAACUCUGAGACAGCCGGCAGUACAUUAUGGACGCUGAUCUUCCCGCCCCAGUCCAAAACCAAGUUCAAGAAAAGAGGUUGGAUGGCGACGCUCUCGUUUGGGUCUUUUGCCGCCGCUCAUCUGCUUGUCUUUAUCGCGGCAGGUAUUCUAACAUCAAGGACCUUCAUCGGGCGCACUGUCGUGUCGAAGGUUACCGACACAUGUGGACAGUGGCUAGGAGACCCGGUGACAGUCGCCGAUGAGGCAUCGUACAUACUGCAACAGGAGCUACAGUUGAACCAGACGGUGGAUGCGGAGAACUAUGUGCGCAACUGCUACGAUGCUGGGACGUCUCGGCAGAUUCUCAACUGCGGCAAAUUUGUGACACAGUCGCUGCCGCACAUAAUGGAGAAGGAGGCACCUUGCCCAUUCCAAAAUAGUACAUUUCUCACGGGCAAUCAGUCCAUUACUCUGGACUCGGAAAAUAUCACGUUAGCCCAGAUGGGGAUCAAUUCCAAGUUCGCCAGUCGGCUCACUAUUCGCAAGCGUAGCACUUGUGCCGUCCUUGAUCCGAAGCUGUUUGAGGUCCCAGCAUCGCUUCUCGGCCUUGAUAACGGGAAGCCAUCGUCAAGCUACGUCUUUGAGAUGAUCGACGGCGCGCUUUCGGCGCAUACAUUCUUCCACACAAACAUCAGCGUCGACUACGACUUGCGAUCUCUCACGUUGUCCGCUUUCAAGACAGAGGAUCUCGUACCCCAGGUACGACUAGCGACCACCGAUCAUACGGUCUCCGUUAUCCUUCUGGGUGGGGGUGGAAUCAUGUUCCCAGAGACACACGACGAUCCCUUCUUCUCCGUGCAUCGUGAGAUCAAAUUCAAUGAUCCCGAGAGGAAGCUUGACCCAGGCUUCAAGCGCUUUGAGCUUGACAGACUUGUUAACAUAAUAGGCUGCGACGAGCAAGCCCAGCUAUGCAGCUCCAUCACUGACCGGUGCGGCCCCUGGAGGAGUCUCUUCAAUGUAGACUACACCCUUCCGACCGUCCUAGGCGGCGCCAACCUCGACGACGACGAGCUCUUAGAUAUUACCGCAAGCGUGACGCUUCUCCAGCUCAUUCUCCCCACCACCAGCAUCCCCAUGAGCAUUCAGCUGCGUCAGGCCUCGAGCGCUCUCCAAGCGAGCCGCUAUUUUCUGCAGGCGACGCAAUUCUACUUGCACCCGAACCAAUGGGCCAUAGAGCUCAACUACUGGUUCUCCAUUGCCCUCGCGCGCUUGCAGCUCGAACUCUUCAACACCAUAGAGCGUCCCCCCCAUCUCGACGCGGCGCGAGCACAUAAUACAUGGACGGGAACGCCGCUGAUGCAUCUGUGUGGCAGAGUCAAGUUCAACUCGCCGGAUCACAUGUCGCUGAGCGCGCUGGGGCUCGGCCUCAUUCUGGCACUAGCAGUGCUGCUAAUCGCCGUGAGCUUCGUGGAUGAGGUGGCGGUAUGGGCAUUGAAUAAGAGUGAGAGGAGGAGUAAAAGGCGGGGGGUGGGGGCAUGGGAGCAAACGGAGAUGUUCAGCUUAUUGGAUGCCGCGGUCCUGUUUUAUGAGAACCGAGGAGCGUUGAUCGACCCGUUUCUGAUGGAUGGAGAGGACACUCGACGAGGGGGGAAGAAGGACAGGUCUGGCUUUGUGCAGUAUCAGGCUGAGCCCGCUGGGGGCGAGUAUGCAAGAAAGCCAUCUUAA